AUGACUAACUCACCGUCGGGACCCUGGGUGCCCACCACUGCGAACCUUGUUCCGCCUAACGUAUUGAUGCCCUCACUCGCUCGAAAUGCUCCCGCACCUCCCCUGCAUUCUCCAACGCCGGUCGCAGGCGCCCAUCUAAGCGAUUCAAAAGCCACCGAACAGGCUAUCCUGGGCCUGUUUGGAUUUGGCAGCAUCGAAGAGUGCCGAGAGUUUAUGGAAGCAAACAAGGCAUCUAAAGGCGGUCGCAGGCGCAAAGGAGCUCCAUAUGAGCAGGACCGAAAGCUAAUAGCCUCAGUACAUUAUCAUGCGCUGUUGCUCCUCGGAUGCGAUCCUAACGACAAGUCAUACACCGUGCCCGAGCCUCUCCCACUGUGUGCUCCAGUCCGCACAGACGCAGGCGGUGUACGGCUCUAUAACCCGGUAUGGGCGAUGGGACCCACUUCGCCUCGCAACCGUGAGUACAUCGAUGCGGUAGUGAGCAGCAUUGAAGAGAGCGAGAAGGCGCGACCAACUCUUGGUCAAGACAUUAGCAAAGCGGCCAUUCGGGAUCAAGUCAGAACGUUCUUUGCUCAGCUCCGUAGACGUUACCAGAGUCAAGUUGACCCCGCUGCCAAGAAAAAACAAGAAGCUAAGAAUGAUGAUACUCGCUCACGGCAAAGGCGCAAACACAACGCUGAUGCACACCGAGACCUUUUUGACGAGUUCAAGGAGAAGUAUAAAGAGCAAGCGGAAGGCAUUGAAAAACUCAUCAUGACUGACUGGGGCUCUUCGGAGUGUAGCGACGAGGGUAAUUGGCCCACAAAGGCUGAGGCAGUUGCAUACCGGCGGUUGAAAGGUGGAGGAGAUAAUGCCUGGGAGGUCAGGCGUAAGGAGUGGCGGUCGGAAAAGUAUAACCGCAUCAUAGGGGCAUUCCGCAAACUGAGGCGACAGAAGGAUGAGAAAGAUCAGGAAGCUGCACGUACCUCUGGUAAGAAAAAAGACCGGCUCGGACGAGCGAAGAUCCCACGCGUCCUCGGCGCUGAUAUCAACGCCAACCAUGGUCCUCCUCGUACUGGACCACGAAUGCCGGUGCCUUACGAGUGGUCUGUGAGCCGUGAAUGGGCAAAGAGUUGGGCUGUACGUACCGGUAAUGCUGAGCUAUCAGUUCGCACUGGGGAGCAUCUCCCUGUCUUCGACCUUGAUAUCCCCGAUGAGGACAUUGACCCAGAAUAUCUCGACUGGAUCACUAAGGAUCUGGGUAAUGUGCCGGUUGAUAGCGAGUCGAACGAGAGGGAAGAAACCAGUUAA